UCCGUGGGGUAGGCAGACCACGAGAUACGUAACUCCCAACCCUUUACUACCGGGAUGGGCGCCAUUGCAAAUAUUAUCCCGGUGGCAUGUUUAUUCGGGCCGCGAUGGCUCUUCAGAUGAAAGGAUUCCUACUCAUAUUGUUUUGCGUGGUCGGCAAAGGAAAAGGGGAAGAUAAACUUGAAAUAUUCGACGUAUUGUCCAUCUUGCAAAGCGGUGACCUACCAGAUGGAGUGUCUCGUGUGCCGGGCCGGUGCCAGGCACCUGACACCAGUGAAGAGUACUCGGCAUAUUCCCUCAAUGAGAAUGCUACUCUACAUCGCCUCGCCGCUGGAAUGUUCUACAACACGUUCCCUGAAGACUUCUCUAUUCUGGCUGUAGUUCGACUUACGGGUACGGACCAGAACCCAGUGUUCGUGUUAUACUCGGACGCUGGCGACGAACAGCUGCAACUGGUGGUGGGGGAGCUGAUCGAGCUGUACUACGAGGACACGAGGGGCGACCCCGCCGACAAUGAGCUUCUUACCUUCAGAGUCAACAUUGCUGAUGAAAGAUGGCACAGAGUAGCGGUUAGCAUCAAAGGUGACUCAGUAACUCUGCUGGUUGACUGUGAAAUACAAGGCACAUUGCUGUUGAGAAGACAUCCUGGCAGCACGUUCAAUCUCGCUGGAGUUCUCGUUGUUGGUACUCAAGUUACUCCCGAUCAGUAUUAUGAGGGCGAUAUAGAAUUGCUCCAGUUUGCUAAUCAACCGGACCUUGCAUACGAUAUGUGCUCAGCCAUCGCUCCAGACUGUGGUAUACUCGGAUCACACGACUACUCAUCUACGAUAACAAGAAAUGAGAUAACAGAGCCUGAUUAUGAUAUAGAUGAUGCCAACGAACACAGGUUUAAUGAAGAAGACGAUUAUGGUAUUGGACGGAAUAGAUUUACAGAUGAGAGAAAUCAAUCUGAGAAACUAUGGGCCGUAUCUAGCAGAGACUUGACCACUGCGAAACCGUAUUGGCAGGUGCCAGAGUCUUUUGGAUUUACGUCGCCUUACGCUGCUACAGAUAAUGAUGAAAACAGUAUCUUUGGCAGAUUUACAGACACUGAAGAAUUUUUGUCAACCCCUCCUAGUAUCGAAGUAACACCACCUGAAUAUUUAGAGAUAUCUAGCCUGCCGGCAAAACGACAAAUCGAGGAAGAUACUGAAGUAUCAACUCUCUCUACCACAGACUAUCCUUACCUACCUAUCACAACAACAGAAGAUUCAACAGAUUGGCUCACACACCCUCCUGAUAUUGGCCAGGGUAAUACAUCCAUAGUUUACGAUCCAGACACCGAUUAUGAUUAUAGCAGCUCCGGAACAUAUUUUGGACCUCGCGGUUACCCCGGACCGCCAGGUCUACCAGGGCCGAGAGGACCUAAAGGUGAACCGGGUAAAACCGGUACAGAGGGUCAGCAAGGAUUCCCUGGACCCCCAGGACAUGUAUUUGUAGUACCUUUGCAGCAACCAGGAAACGAAAAGGGGCCCGAUGCACAGUCAGAAGCACUUCGACAAAUACUUACACAACAUAUGGCUGCAAUGAGAGGCGUAGAAGGUCCUAUGGGUCUUAAUGGACCACCCGGCCCUGAGGGAGAAGUCGGAUCUGAAGGACUAAAAGGGGAACAAGGAGAUCAAGGAGAACCAGGACCACCAGGACCGAGAGGUAAUCAAGGUCCACCAGGAAGAAUAGGACGUCGUGGACAUGCCGGAAGAGAUGGGGAAAGAGGAUCUCCAGGUUCACUUGGUCCUAAAGGUGAACAGGGCUAUCCAGGUCAGACAGGAAUGCCCGGAGAUAAAGGUGAAAGAGGAACACCGGGUCAGCAAGGAGAAGCAGGAGCACCUGGUCUCGAUGGUCCUCCAGGUGACGAUGGACCGACCGGCCCACCAGGACUAUUAGGAGAAUUAGGUCCCAGAGGUUUCACAGGUCCCAGAGGGUUUCCUGGCCUUAUUGGAUAUCCAGGUAUACCUGGAAACGAGGGUCCACAAGGCACUAAGGGUGCUGCAGGACAACCAGGGCCACCUGGAACCCCGGGACAACCAGGGCCUAUGGGGCCAGCUGGAUCUCCUGGUCCUCAAGGACCUAUUGGUGUCCCAGGCAUACAAGGACCCCAAGGAAAACAAGGUAUAUCAGGGUUACCAGGCCCCGAAGGUUCACCAGGUACGCCAGGUACACCAGGACAACAAGGUUCACCUGGUGAUGUUGGGAUACCGGGUCCACAGGGCAUGUUAGGCUUUCCUGGACCACGAGGUUUAAAAGGCGAUGAUGGUCCCAGGGGUCUGUCGGGUGAUAAAGGGGACAAAGGAAUAAGAGGAAUAGAAGGCGAGAAAGGAGAUAUAGGAACUAAAGGAGAACGUGGUUUACCGGGUGAAUCUGGACCCCCUGGUAUUGAAGGACCUGAAGGACAAAAGGGAACGGAAGGACCAAGAGGUGAGACAGGAUCUAUUGGCCCUACAGGGGAAAAGGGUGCUACUGGGCCACAAGGGCCAUCAGGCUAUCCUGGUAUACAGGGUGAAAAAGGCGAUAAAGGUGCCUCCGGUAGAAGAGGGAGAAGAGGCACUAAGGGAGUAGCGGGAAUGAUUGGUAGUCCAGGAGACCGAGGAGAAAGCGGUCCAAGGGGAUAUCGGGGACCCCGAGGUCGCCGAGGAUCGGAUGGGCCACCAGGACCAAAAGGUGACACAGGUCAACCAGGACCACCGGGAUCUGUAGGUGAAAGAGGUCCACAAGGUUUAGAAGGGCCGCGAGGAUUUCCUGGUCCUAUGGGAGCCCCAGGAGUAGAUGGCAAACCGGGAAUGCCUGGAUCACCGGGCGAAAGAGGACCCACGGGUAACACCGGAUCUCCUGGUCUACCUGGACCACCGGGAAAUAUUGGUCCCCAAGGACAAAAUGGUGACCAAGGACCACCUGGACUGCAAGGACCAUCUGGCAUACCAGGGACGCCUGGAGAAAUGGGAACUCCAGGAGAAAUGGGGAAAGAGGGUCCACCUGGACCUCCCGGCCCAGAGGGAAAGUCGGGUCCUGUUGGUCCUCCAGGUUUGCCUGGCCCUAAUGGAGAGUCUGGCAUGCCAGGAAUGCCAGGAACACCAGGCUCAAAAGGUGACAUAGGCCCACCCGGACCACCAGGUGUAAGAGGUGAUAAAGGAGAACAAGGUGAAGCAGGUCGUGAAGGCUUACAAGGAUCUGUCGGUCGAGAAGGACCUAGAGGAUCACCAGGACCCGGUGGACAAAAAGGAGAAGUAGGAGAACCAGGCCCAAUAGGUCCUGUCGGCCGAGAUGGUUUACUUGGACCUAGGGGUUUAGUUGGAGCUCCAGGUCCAGUGGGCUUACCAGGCGAAGACGGUGAUAAAGGAGAGGCAGGGCCACCUGGCGAAAAAGGUUUUAAAGGCGCAAUGGGUGAAUCCGGACCUACAGGUUCACCGGGAAUUCAAGGAUUAAGAGGGGAGCCAGGGUCAGUGGGUUUACCUGGAGAUAAAGGUCCACCAGGCGAUCCAGGUCCAAUAGGCCCGCCUGGAACAGAUGGAGUCCGCGGUCCAGCUGGGCCUAUGGGUAAAAUUGGACAAGACGGCUCUAAAGGUGACCAAGGUCCGAAAGGCGACAGAGGAGAUGUUGGACCUAUUGGCCCACUUGGACCACCUGGCCUUACUGGCCCCCCUGGAAGACGAGGUGCAAAAGGAAACGCAGGUGAGCCAGGACCUAGAGGCCUUGAAGGGGAUCGGGGAGAAAUAGGAAGUUCAGGUGUACCGGGUCCCGCUGGACCUCAAGGCCCUGAUGGCAAAUUAGGACCAAGAGGCUCUAUGGGACCCAAGGGUGAAGAUGGCGCUCCAGGUUUACAAGGGGAAUCAGGUCCCAAAGGCCUUCCUGGCCCAGAAGGUCCAAAAGGAGAUCCAGGGCCAGCAGGUAUCCCCGGCGAUCGAGGGGAACCUGGUCCCCAAGGAAUAAAAGGUGAACCAGGGUCUGACGGUCCCGAGGGGAGCACUGGACCACCUGGUCUGCCUGGAAUCGUGGGACCUCCGGGCAAGCCAGGGGAAACGGGAGUUCCGGGCAGUCCCGGUACAGAGGGUCCAGCAGGAGUCCAAGGUAGUCCUGGUAUCCCAGGCGAGAAAGGAGAUAAAGGGCCAAAAGGGAUGUCGGGAGACAUUGGUCCAGUUGGACCACCAGGACCGAUUGGACCUGAAGGACAAAGGGGCUUAAGAGGACUACCAGGACCUAUUGGUGAUGUAGGACAACCCGGCAUUAUGGGACCACCUGGUCAACCUGGAAUUGUUGGACUUCCAGGAUUACAAGGAGUAAGGGGAGAUAAAGGCAACAAAGGUCCAAAGGGUCAUAUUGGAGAAACAGGUCCAAUGGGUUUGAAAGGUGAUCAAGGGGAAACUGGUAAACAAGGACCACAGGGACUUGUCGGACCUGCGGGGCCGAAGGGAGAUACGGGACCAAUUGGACCCGCGGGACCGAAGGGAGAUACUGGUCCAGCUGGCCUACCAGGUCCAGAAGGGCCCGUGGGGCCCAAGGGGUCAUCUGGGCCAGAAGGUCGACCUGGUCUGCCCGGUCCACCUGGCUCACCAGGCCCCCCUGGACCACCUGCACCAGCGCCACAAAUACCUGCGGAAUUAUUUAUGUCUCAUAGAAAACGCCGUAGCGUCAACACUGAUUCUAUGGAAACUGCCACAAGUGAUGACUUAGAGGAAGAAGAUGAAGAUACAACAGACGAAUGGCUUCGCGAAGUGUUUUCGAGUGUGUUAGCGGCGCACACAGCGCUGGACACAGCAAGAAGACCCUGGGGCACACGAGCCAACCCGGCGCUAUCCUGCAGAGACUUACGAACCGCACACGGCAAUUUAACUGAUGGUUUUUACUGGAUAGACGCACGUGGCGCAAGUUCGCGGCCAAUACGUGCGUAUUGCCAAGGGCACAGCACUUGUGUAUAUGCAGACAACAUCAACGCAGCUGCUGUUUUCUCGGAAUCUGAUGGUCACAAGUUUUCGCAGCUUGACUACGGAUAUCGCAUCACCUAUGACAGCGAAGGUUCUGGUGCGAUUCAACUACGAUACCUGAGGCUACUGUCCAACGGUGCGAGGCAAAACUUUACAUACACCUGCGUCAACACUCUGGCACCACAAAGAUCGGACAUACCCGCUGACUUGAUAAGAGCCAACACCGUCAAGUUAUUCGGACAGAAUAACGUCGAGUUUAAAGAACCGCAAAUAAUUAAGGACCAGUGUGAGGAUGGUACAGGAGAUAUAGUCUUUGAAGUGCGCACCUCCCGCAGUGAUCGUUUGCCCAUUACCGACUUCCAACCACUGUCAUUCAUGGACGCCGAACACAAGUUUGCCUUCAAAGCCGGGCCUAUAUGUUUCAACUGAACUUUGUAGGAGCAAUUUACUUGUAACAUUAUGUACUUAAGCCUUGAUCUUUGUAAAUAUUGUAAAUAAAUGUUGUGACGACUUUUCAUUAUA